CGUGUCGUUACGUUAAGUCUCUCGCUACCUUGCAAUGGCUCGUACUAAGCAAACCGCUCGUAAGUCGACUGGUGGAAAGGCUCCACGCAAACAACUGGCUACUAAAGCCGCUCGUAAGAGUGCGCCAGCCACCGGAGGAGUCAAGAAGCCUCAUCGUUACCGUCCCGGCACAGUAGCUCUCCGUGAAAUUCGUCGCUACCAGAAGAGCACGGAACUUCUCAUCCGUAAACUUCCAUUCCAACGUCUGGUUCGUGAAAUCGCCCAAGAUUUCAAGACUGAUCUCCGAUUCCAGAGCUCAGCUGUGAUGGCUCUCCAGGAAGCCAGCGAGGCCUACUUAGUUGGUCUCUUCGAAGACACCAACCUCUGCGCCAUCCACGCUAAGCGUGUCACCAUCAUGCCCAAGGACAUCCAGUUGGCUCGUCGUAUUCGAGGAGAACGUGCCUAAGUUAUCUCAACUUCCAAAACUUACAAACCAAACGGCCCUUUUCAGGGCCACCAAAUUUUUCAAACUAAGAAAAUUUAACUCGUUUCUAAUUUAUUUUGUUAACUUAUAUUAAAUAUAUAAUUAAUUCACCAUAUCUAUUAUCAUCUACUCAACCAUACGAAAUAUAAUUAGAUUCAAUCGGAUGAAAAUGACUAAUUAUGAGGCUCCUUUUUUAUGAGAAUUUUUUCUUUUUUCACCCUUAUUUCUAUUUUCAUAGAUUAAGGUUCAAUGUCUUCAUAUUAAAUUAAAAUCCCAAUUGCCG